AUGAAAGAAAAAUCGAAGAAUGCUGCAAGAAGUCGACGUGAAAAAGAAAAUGCCGAAUUUUUUGAAUUAGCAAAACUUUUACCAAUACCACAUGCAAUUACUGAUCAAUUGGAUAAAGCAUCAGUUAUUCGUCUUACAACAAGUUAUCUUAAAAUGCGUGCUAUUAUACCCGAAGGUCUUGGCAGUGCAUGGGGUUCAAGAUCAUCAUCACAGACAACGAUUGAACGUGAAAUUAAUUCACAAUUAACUCAGUUUCUUGAUGGAUUUUUAUUUGUUGUUGGUCCCGAUGGUAAAAUCAUGUAUAUAUCUGAAACAGCAUCAACACAUUUAGGUUUAUCACAAGUUGAAUUAACAGGAAAUUCUAUCUAUGAAUAUAUACAUCCAGUUGAUCAUGAAGAAAUGGCCAAUGUUUUAACAGCACCAUUACCAACAUAUUGUACAAAUAAUAGUGAAUAUGAAAUAGAACGUUCAUUUUUUAUACGUAUGAAAUGUGUUUUGGCUAAACGUAAUGCUGGAUUAACAGCAAGUGGAUUUAAAGUUAUACAUUGUUCAGGUUAUCUUAAAGUAAAACAAUUUAAUCUUGAUACAAUAUCAUGUUAUGGUUCAACAAAUAAUGUCAAUAGUACUGAUGGUGGUGGUUGUUAUCAAAAUGUUGGUCUUGUUGCCUAUGGAUAUUCAAUACCAAGUUGUUCAAUAACUGAAAUUCGUCUUCAUUCAAAUAUGUUUAUGUUUCGAGCAGGACAAGAUUUAAAAUUAUUAUUUCUCGAUUCAAGAGUAUUACAAAUAACAGGAUAUGAACCACAAGAGUUAGUUGAUAGAAGUUUAUAUCAUUAUGUACAUACACAAGAUUUAAUGGCAUUACGAUGGGCUCAUCAAGUUUUACUUACUAAAGGACAAGUGACAACUCGAUAUUAUCGUUUUCUUGCAAAAAAUGGUGGUUGGAUAUGGAUGCAAAGUUAUGCAACACUUGUUCAUAAUAAUCGAUCAUCUCGACCUGAAGUGAUUGUUAGUGUAAAUUAUGCACUUAGUGAUAUUGAAGCAAAACAUUUACAAUUAUCAAUUGAUCAAAUUGAAAAAUCUUCAUCGGAUUAUCUUCGUUCAAGACAAACAUUAAUAUCAAAUUCUAUUGAUACUGAAAAAUCUUCAUCGACUAAUACAAGUUUAAAUUCGACAUCUUCAUUAUCAUCAAAUCGUAGUUCUUCAAAAAUUCUUAAACCAAAUCGUACAAUAAAACAACGAAAAUUAUCAUCGACAAAAAGUGAUUUAAAUCAAGCAGUAAUAGAUGAUUAUCCACCAACAAUAUGUUAUAAUACUGAUGAACAUUAUUAUAAUCAAAAUUCUCAAGCAAAUUAUUCAAAUUUUGCUCUUUAUGCAGCAGCAGCAGCAACUAAUACUUAUCCAAAUCCAUUUCACACUUCAGAUGAAUCAAUCUAUUAUGAUCAAAAACGAAUAUCAACAUAUGAUGUUAAUAAUAAACGAUUUCGUUUAGAUGAUGAACAUCUUCAUCAUCAUCAUCAUCAUCAUCCUUUAGCUUUAAUUGAUUAUGAUACAAAUUUUCCAACAGAAAAACUUGAAUUUUAUUCACCAGCAAAUAAUUAUUAUGUAUCAGCAAAUUAUCCAACAGAACAUCCAUAUCAUCAUACAUCAGUUAUUGUCGAUAGUCAACAGUAUUUUCUUAAUGGAUGGAAUGGAACUACUGCUUUUUGA